UCAAGUUUAAACACUACAAAAUAAUUCUCUAAGAAAUGAUAUGUGUCAAAAUAUGAUUAUUUGAAAUGGUCACUAUUUUUGCUUCUUGGGGUACAUGAGGAAUUUCUGGGAGAGAAUGCAUGAAUUUUGGAGUUGAACAAUAAAGUGUGGUCUUGAGAAAUAAACAAUGGAUCUGUGUUAAAUGUCAUACCUUUUAGAGACUGGGAAAGAUGACAGCAGGAAUAUUUGCAUCCUUUGCAUUUUGGAUGUGGGCCGGUAGAGAACAACAUAUAUAUUGCAUUUGCAGAAACUUAAGUAGAGUGUGUGUUUAAGACCAGUAAUUAGAGGAGCCUACCACCAGAUUUCAUAAGGUCAAUUGCAUCAUAAAGUCAAAGGUUUCUCUACGUGUCCACUAAUUCUCCUCUCUCUUCAAUCACUCUAGAUGCUAUGACAUAUUAACAGAGGGAGUUGUUUUUUCCCGUGUGUGAAUUAUUAACAUUAACAUUCCUAUUCUUUUUUGUAACUUUUAGACAGGAAAAUAUCUACACACGUACAUGAAUUGAAGUAAACUGUAUUUGUAAUACAUGACCAGAACAAAUUAUACCUUGGUGACUGAGUUCAUCCUGCUGGGAUUGGCAGACACACUGGAACUACAGGUUUUCCUCUUCUUGUUCUUUUUAGUGAUUUACACACUGACAGUUUUGGGGAAUGUUGGGAUGAUCCUCUUAAUCAGGAGUGAUUCCCGACUUCACACACCCAUGUAUUUCUUCCUGGCUAACCUGUCCUUUGUGGACGUGUGUUAUUCCUCCACCAUCACCCCAAAGAUGCUGGUGGAUUUACUGUCAGAGAAGAAAACCAUCUCCUUUGCUGGCUGCUUUCUGCAGAUGUACUUCUUCAUUGCCUUGGCCACAACUGAAUGCCUCCUCUUUGGGCUGAUGGCCUAUGAUCGCUAUGUGGCCAUAUGCAACCCUCUGCUUUACCCAGUGGUCAUGUCCAGGACAGUCUGCCUGAAAAUGGCAGCAGGGGCUUUCACAGCGGGACUGUUGAACUCCAUGGUGAACACGAGCUAUGUGAGCAGGCUGCCAUUCUGUGGUUCCAAUGUCAUCCAUCACUUCUUCUGUGACAGCCCCCCACUCUUUAAGCUCUCAUGUUCUGACACACACCUGAAUGAAAGCAUCAUUUCCACUUUUGCUGGAGUGAACUUGGUCGGAACUCUGCUGGUCAUCCUUGCAUCCUACUCCUACAUUCUCUUCUCCAUCUUUCGUAUGCAUUCUGGGGAGGGACGACACAAAGCUUUCUCAACCUGUGCCUCUCACCUGGCAGCUGUAAUUCUGUUCUACUCCACUGCCAUCUACACUUAUCUGAGACCUACUUCCAGCUACUCCCUGGGUCAGGACAAAGUGGCUUCUGUCUUCUACACAGUGGUGAUCCCCAUGUUAAAUCCUCUGAUCUACAGCCUCAGGAAUAAGGAUGUAAAGAAAGCUUUGUGGGAUGCAAUCACAAAGAAAAGGAUCUCUUCAUUCCUGUGAUUGUUUACAGCUGGUUCAUAGCUACAGUACUUUAUUAGAAUAUCCUUAAGUAAUCACAUUCUGUAAUAGUGAAGUAUGUCUAUUGUAUAAAGAAAAUUACUUUAAAUUUCUCUAAGCAUAAGGUCAAUUACCAAACAUAUAUGGGACCAUGGACCCUUCCCUAAUCAUCUUUUAUCUGUAGUGCAUUCACCCAAAAUAAGGUCUGUUUGUAAUAAUAUCUUGCCUCAGAAAAAAAGUAUAGACUGUUUAGCAACAGAAAUUGUGAUAUCACUUGAAAUUAGCUAUGGAAAAUACUUGUGUCAAUAUAGUUUUCCCCAAUUAACCAUUAUUCAACAUUUAUGAUUUGUAAAAAUUGUUAUAUGCAUAUAUAUCAAACUUUAAUUGAUAAAUCAUUUUGGCUUUUAGUUAUUUUAAUUAUGUUGAUUGAAGUUUUACCAUGCUUUUCUUUAUAUCCUUAGAAUACCUUUCAAACCCUCUUUUGUGAAUGUGAAUUGUUUUGCCUAUUUGUUAUGCUACCUCUUUUGCUUUCUGUUUCUCUAAUCCUUCUAGUAUUUUAUUCCACUGCAAUGAUGAAUGUCAUCACAUUGUAAAAAUAUACAGAUUUUCAGUCAAGACUUUGCUUAUCUCAAUGUUUUUUGUUUCAGAUAAGCAAAUCUGCAUAUUUCUAA